AUGCAGGUGCCUAGAGUGAGGCAACUGCGUGUUCAAGGAGGUGGUGCUGAGGAUAGUCCUGCUCCACAGGGAAGCCCUGAGCCCAGCGCCCAAAGGUCACCACCAAGCUCAGAAAAGGUGCAGUCCAGUUUGUCUAAGUUUUUUGGCAGCACACCUGAACAGCAGCUAUCUCAGCCAACGCCACCCAGCUUCACCAAAAACAUCACUAAGAGGCAAAGGCUCAGCAGAUUUGCAGAAGAUGCUCUGAGAGAGAGAGAAGAGCACCUUAGAAGAAUUGCUGAGCUGGAAGCUGAGAAGGCUGAGACCAAUGAGGCAUUGGAAGAAGUUGCUAGGCUCAACAAACUAAAGAGCAACAAGAGAAAGACUGGGAGGCCUAGAAAACCUGAGGAAGAUGUGGCAAGAGGCAGGAAGAGGCCAGGCACCCAGACUGAGCGUCUUGAGGUCACAGCAGCAACAAAGUACAAGUACUGCUGUGAGAUGGAGUUAGCUCAGAAGGAGUUUGUUGAUAAGAAAGACUUCUGGAAAGCAAUGGUGAGAAGGUAUGGACUGACUAAGCAGCAGCUCAUGAGCAUGCUCAGCAAGAAAGAGCAUUGGUUUCAGCUCAGCAAGCAGCAACCAAAGCUGAAAGGACUCAGAAAGCAGGAGAAGACUAGCAGAAAGAGGGCCUUUGGAGCAGGUAGGAAGGUUCCCUUCUCUGACAUCAUUGCUGGGAUGAGGCAAUGGCUCUCAGUUGAAAGGGCUUGUGGGCACAGCAUCGCGAAGGCUGAUCUGGCAGCUGAGUAUCUGGCUAGGCUCCAGCUGUCAGCUGAGAAGCUCAAAGAAGAGGCUGAGCAUAGCAAGGCUCUCACUCCCUUGCAAAAGGGCGAGCUUUUGCAUGAGGCCUCAGAAAGGUUGCAGAGGAAAAGCAAGCUUCUGGAGAAGCCUGGCUACAAGAAGUCUUUCGUCAGAAAGCUCAUUGACUGGCUGGGCGCCAAGUAUGUCUCAGCUGAAUUAGUGACCAACAUUUCUGAGACUGAGAGCAAGACCAGGUGCCUCCUGACUUGGCAGGAGUUUGACAAGACCUUGUGGUUGGCCACCUGUGCCGCAGCUGAGACCUUGAAGGCCUCAGACAGAGUGGCAUCUCCUGAGGACUUUGUCUCAGCGCGUCCUCACCUUGUCAUAGGCUUCUCAGAUCAGAUUCCUCUGUGGGCCAAGGCCACUGGCAGGAAAGCUAUCUUUGCUGAGGAAGAGAUCCAGAAGCCUGAGCACAUCAAAGACUUCUCAGAAGUGAGGCAAGCCAUUUUGGAUAUUAUGCACUCAGAUGACCCUGCUGAGAUGGUGGUGCAACCACUGGAAAAGAAGCAGAGCUUUGAGUCAGCCACACCACCAACAAAAAGGCAGCUCAGCUUUCCUUCCUCAAACCCAAGUCCACCCAGCAGUAUUGUGAGGAAGCUCAGCUUUGGGGAGGCAGCAGGGUCUUCUGAGCAAGUGGUGCCUGCCACACCUGAGGAACAGCCAGAACCUGACAACAGCAGUCAGCGUGCAGUGGCACCUGCAAUCCCUGACAAGGAGGCCUCAGCCACCACCAUCAUUGGGGUGUCAGGUGAUGAGCGCUUUCGCAUCACCUAUGAAGCAAGGCUCAGCAACAUCUCAGAGGGUGGCACUUGGCUGAAGACUGAGAGCUUCCAGGCUGAGCAGUACCCAUGCUCAAUGUGGAUGAGAGACUGCUUCAGCUCAGUGUUCACUGACUCAGCUGCUGAAGCCAUGGCUUUGGCCAACCAGCUAAGAAAGCUGGAGGAGCUGCUGUCUCAGAAAUGGGCCCAGGAGUUGAAGCUUGAGAUGGGCACUAAGAGGUACAAGCCUGAGUACCUCAGUGACAGACUCAAAUGGCUCAACAGUGAAGGUGUGCAAGUAGAUGCUGACUGGAAUUUGAGCGAGGUGGCUAAGAGCAUCACAGACCUUCAGGUAUGGGACUAUUUUCACCCUGAAGAUGAAGAUGAGACAGGAGAGCUUCAGAUCACAGAUGCCCUCAAUGAGGAUUUGGAGCUGGAGCUCCAAAACUCCUUGUCAUUGAGGCUGAGUCCUGCAUUGAGGCGAGCUGGCCUCAGGAGAUUGGGCACCAAGCAGUACAAAGAAGCGAAGCUCUCAGAAAAGAAGAACCCCAAGCACAGGGCAGGUAGGGCUAAGCUGAGGAAAGCUCACAGGAGCAAGUUGGUAAAGGGUUUGGCUCUGAAGGUUCAGUCCCAGUCCAGAAGAGAAGCCUUAGCAGAGAUCAAGCCUGAAGCUCAGCAGAAGAAGAAGAAGGCUCAGAAACCUUCCCUGGUCUUGAAGGCAGCACUGAAGAUGAAAGCAAGUGCCAAGACUAAGCCAAGCCUGCACUCCAAGCCCUCAGCUGUUGCAAAGGCAGAGAAGAAGAUUGCUCUCAAGGCCAAAGCUGACAAGGAGCUGCGCGCAGCUGAGAAGAUUGCUGCUGAGGAGGCACCACCCCUGCCACCCCCAGCAGAAGGCCCUCCAGCCAGCGAGGAAGAUAGCCUUCUUCACACUGAUGUUGUGGUGAUCUCAGAGGCAGCUGGCAAGACCAGUUUUGGCAAGGUUGGCAACCUCAUGUCCUUCUCUUCUUCCUCAGGAGCCUACACCUUGCUGAGUGACACUGGUGCAUACCAGGUGAUGCCUGAGUGGCUGGAACCCAAGGACAGCAAGCCUGCUGUCAAGCCAGUCCAGUGGCCCAAGUGGAGCCAGCUCAGCAAAAAGGACACCAAGCUCAUCUUGACUCAGCUCAGCAGCAACCCUGAGGAUCAGAGCUCCCUGCAGUUUGAUGAAUGGUCCUACCACACAGUCCUCCCAUGCCCUCAGGAUGUUGCUGAGGUUGAAGACCAGCACCUGUGGUUGGGCUGGGUUCUGCUGAGGUGGAUGCUGAGCAAGAGCAACUUGCCAAGCUGUGAGGAGUUGGGGAUCAACUGUGUUGAUCCCAUCCUCAGCAAGCUGCUGAAUGAUCAGGAUGACCCCUAUCAGCUAGCAGCCUUAGAGGCUGGUGUUCAGAGCUGCUGGCUUGAGUCCACCAAGGUUCUCUUAGUUCCCAUCUAUGCAUCCUUCCACUGGACCCUGCUGGUGGCUAAGCGCGAAGGCCCUCAGCACCCCAUAGCAUGGACAAGGUAUGACAGCCUCAGCCAAGAACAUGCUGAGUCCCACCCUGUCCAGCUGAGAAUGGGGAAGCUGCUGGAUCCUCAGUUUGAGCUGCCACCUCUCAAGAAUGUGGCCAAGCAGCCCAUUGGCUCCAAUGCCUGCAGGUUGGAAAGCAUGGAAGGAAAGGCUCAACAAAGCUUGUGGCAAGCUAGCCUCAGAGGCUGA